CAGGUAAAUGAUGGUGUGUGUGUUAGUUCCUCUCGUCUUGACUGUCCUCCUGACUGAGACGUCUGCUUCACUGUCAUCUUCAGGGACGGAGCAGGUCUUUUCAUGCCCACCUCGGUGGCUCCUGUUUGGUCAGAGAUGCUUCGCUUUCUACCCUGUGUGGAGCUCCUGGAGCGAUGCCGAUUUAUUGUGCUCUCAGGCAGCUGGUAAACUGGCGUCGCUUCACACACCAGAGGAGAGACAGUUUGUCCGUCUGCUAGCAAACACACACACACCUGUGUGGCUGGGUGGAUACCAGGAACAGCAGGUCCCUGUUAAACUACUCCAUGCUUAUGGCUGCACCUCCACUCUCCUCCUGCUCUCUCCCUCGGCCCUGUCACUUUGCUCCUGUCACACGCCUCCUCCUCUGCAUGGCAGGGGCUAUGGCUCUCCUUUACUGCACUGCAGCUGA